AUGCUUCCAACGGCACAUCAAUUCCAAGCAUUCAAGUCUCCAACUCUUUAUAUAUAUCUCAGGUUUCCAUCACAUUCAAGAAUUACAACUACAAAGAGUUCACAUCAGUUAGUUAGUUUGUUCUUGUUUCUGACGAAGAAAAAGGCCAUCAGUUGAAGAAGACGACGAAGAAGAAUCGCAUCAAUGGAGGUGAAGAAGGUGGCCAUGGUUGCUGUCUGCUGCAUGUUCAUACUGCUGUUUCCAGGCCAGCAGCAGCAGGUGGCUGCCAUGUCCAGGAUCUGCAGAUGCUACCACGAAUGCUUGCCCAACUGCGGCCUGCGCAAUUCUCGCUCCUUCUGCAAGGUGUUCUGCGGCAGCUGCUGCGUCUUCAAUCCAGUUCACAAUUGCACUAGCACCGAUGCGGCGGCCGCGGCGCCAGCGAUCGCCGGAGACGACUGCAGAAUGAUCUGCCUGAACUCCUUCUGCGGCGAGGCAGCUACAGGCUACUCGGGGCGAAACGAUGCUGAUGCUGCAGCUUGUCUCGAUGGCUGCAGCAAAGGAUGAACUGGUUCGGAGGAAGUUUGACAUGUUGUGACGAUGAUCAGUAUCUGCUGCGAUUCUUGAAUUGACUGUUAGAGAAUGGUCGACAACAACUAAAUAUAAUUAACUAUGAUAAUAAGAACAAUAAUAAUGUAUGAUGGAAUCUCGAUCGUGUGCCACCUUCUCUGGAUUCGAUACGGAAUUACGUUUGCUGUAACCUGCUUGCUACUGAUCAUUAUAUAACGUUAGUUGUUUGGUUACAGUGUUCAAA